CUUCUGAAAAGCCUCAAAUACUAGUUGGUGAGUGGAGAAGUGCAUUUGUAACACUCUGCAACUCUUUCCCUUCACCCAAGAAACAGGGAAAGCCAUAUCCAUGGAGUCUUCUUCUCCAGCUAGUUUUCCCAGAUGGGCACCAAGUCCAAGCUCCUCAAGAGUACUAUUAUCACCUGCGGAAGACCCCAGGUUUGAGGCAAGUGCUGAUCAUAAUGAUCAUGAUUCUGUAGAAGAGAUAUCCUCAUUAUCUUCUAGUAUGGACAGGAUUUUCCCAUUUAGCGUUGAAGUCAAUGGCACUACUACUACUACUACUACUACCGCUGCCGCCGCCGCCGCUGCUUCUGUGGUUAAAAAGUCACUAGAUGAUCAAAGCGCUUAUGUUAGAAGCAGAAGUGGUGCUUAUGUUAGAAGCCGAAGUGGUACUAUGCUUGUUCCUUUGACAUGGGAGGACCUGUGGGUUGGAGUAGGUGAUGGGAAGGGUGGGCAGAGAAUGAUUUUGCAGGGGCUUACUGGGUUUGCUCAACCUGGUCAGGUUUUGGCUAUUAUGGGUCCUUCUGGCUGUGGUAAAUCUACCCUUUUGGAUGCUUUAGCAGGAAGGCUAAAUUCAAACACACAGCAGAGAGGGAAGAUCCUGAUCAAUGGCCGCAAAGAAAAACUUGUUUGCGGAACCUCGGCAUAUGUGACACAAGAUGAUACACUAAUGACAACCUUAACAGUAAGGGAAGCUGUGUAUUACUCGGCACAGCUCCAACUGCCUAACUCCAUGUCGAAAGCAGAAAAGAAGGAAAGAGCAGAGACGACAAUAAGGGAGAUGGGCCUGCAAGACUCCAUGAACACAAGAAUAGGAGGUUGGAGCAGAAAAGGUCUCAGUGGUGGACAAAAAAGAAGAGUUAGCAUCUGCAUUGAAAUCUUGACUCGUCCCAAGCUUCUCUUCCUUGAUGAGCCUACUAGUGGGCUAGACAGUGCUGCUUCUUACCACGUCAUGAAACGCAUUGUGAAGCUGGCUCACCGGGAUGGAAGGACAGUUAUUGCAUCAAUUCAUCAACCUAGCAGUGAAGUUUUUGAGCUUUUCCAAAACCUCUGCCUUCUUUCCUCUGGCAGAACAGUCUAUUUUGGCCCUACUUCAAAGGCAGAACAGUUCUUUGCUUCAAAUGGCUUCCCAUGUCCUACUACGACAAACCCAUCGGAUCAUUACCUUAGAACAAUUAACAAGGACUUUGAUGUUGACAUCGAACAAGGACGUGAUGGCAAAACAAGCACUGAGGAAGCAAUCAAUACUCUCAUAAGAUCAUACGAGUCUUCAAAUACUUUAAAGCAAGUUCACCUCAGGGUAAAUGAGAUUUGCCAGCAGAGAGGUGGAGCUCUGGAGAAGGGAAGCCGAGCCAACUUCAUAACUCAAUGCCUGGUUUUGACAAGGAGAUCAUUUGUGAACAUGUAUCGCGAUCUAGGCUACUACUGGCUUCGACUUGCAAUUUACAUUGCCCUGUGCUUAUGUGUAGGGACUAUUUUUCAUGACAUCGGCUCCACUUUUGGGUCAAUACAGGCUAGAGGAUCAAUGCUCAUGUUUGUUGCAUCAUUCUUGACUUUCAUGGCAAUUGGUGGAUUCCCUUCUUUUGUUGAAGACAUGAAGAUCUUCGGGCGGGAAAGAUUAAACGGGCACUAUGGCGUUGCUGCAUAUGUGGUUGGAAACACACUUUCCUCCAUUCCAUAUUUGCUAAUGGUAUCUUUAAUUCCUGGAGCAAUUGCCUAUUACCUUGUUGGCCUUCAGAAGAGAUUUGACCACUUCGCCUAUUUUGCACUGGUUCUAUUUGUGUGUCUGAUGUUGGUUGAGAGCCUGAUGAUGAUUGUGGCAAGCAUUGUGCCAGAUUUCCUCAUGGGGAUCAUCACAGGUGCUGGGAUUCAAGGAAUAAUGAUGUUGAAUGGAGGUUUCUUCCGUUUGCCAGACGAUCUUCCAAAGCCCUUUUGGAGAUACCCAAUGUACUACAUUGCAUUCCACAAGUAUGCAAAUCAAGGAUUCUACAAGAAUGAGUUUGAAGGACUAACAUUCCCCAAUAACCAAGCAGGAGGGCCACCCACCAUUACAGGUGAAGAAAUAUUGAAGAGUACUUGGCAAGUGGAGAUGGGCUAUUCUAAGUGGGUUGAGCUUGCCAUUUUGUUGGGAAUGGUAAUUGUUUACAGGCUGAUGUUUUUGGGAAUAAUAAAGAUAAGUGAAAAGGUUGUGCCAAUGAUGAAAGCUCUUCUUGUUGGUGUUCCCAAACACUGAACAGUUCACAGAUAACCAAUCCUCCUAGCCCUCAGUGUAAGCAAAACUAUAGUUGUAUGUACUAAUGUAGUAUGUAAGUAGAAUACCGGCGUGUAUUCAAGUAUUCUACUACGGUUGAAAACUUGAAAUGACUGGGACCAAAAAGAAAUAUGUGUAUAAAAUAACUUGCUCUCAUAAGAGAUAAUUUUAAGGGAUUGUAAGAGAUAAAUGCAUAUCAACUAUAUGUAUUAAAUUUAAGAGCUGUAAUGAAAGUUUA